UGGAGUAGCGACCGUUGGUUCACUCGUUCGUCAAUUCGUAACCGCCUGUUCUUGCGUACGGAGUCGUCUCAUCUCGUGGCGUGGCAGUUCUCUCGCUUUUGGAUUACUUCUACAAUGUGCAUCUGUUUACCAUCAUUGACUUAAUUUUGUGUGGAUCAUCGAAGUUGUUCUCCAGCUCCUUUGGAUUAUUUCCUCCUAGUGUUCACCUGAAUUUGUGUGGUAUUCUACCGGAUUUUCGUUUCGAUAUUUUUGUGUGUGCUACCGUUCAAAAUGCGUCCGCGUAUCUUAUCGCCCCUCUUGAUGUCCGAGUUUAAUAAAAUGAUCUCGCUGCGCAACAGCAGUACGAGCACUGCUUCGGAUCGCGUCGAGCCGCGACAGUUGAUGCGCGUCAAGAAAAACCUUUUCGGUCCCGUGAACCGGGAAGACUCGCGAGUGUUCUGUGAAAACGAGUUGCGGGCGGUUUCGCAAAGCAGUUGCGAAAAGUGGAACUUCGACUUCAACGCCGAGAAACCCUUGGAAGUGCCGAAUCCGCGAUACCUCUGGGUCAAAGUUUCGCCGGGUGAUUCGAUACCCGAGUCCUACGGUCUCAAGCGAUUGCCGUACCUUUCCAAAAACUCCAUGUUGCUGGAACAGGAGAGGAUAAGCUGCAAUAACAACAACAAUAACUUCGUCCUUGAUGACCUGAAAAUGUCGGAAAAACAAACGCAUAUCACUGAUUACAUGAAGACGCGAAAGAGGCGCAUCUCGGCGUCAGCCAAAAUCGUCGAAGUUGUUGACCAGGAGGACCAAAGCCCGCGAAAGCGAGCCAGGAGUCUCACCGUCGGCAACUCAAAUUAAAUUCCAUGAAGAUCUCUCCUUUCAUGAAGAUCUCCAGAAUGACCGACUCUAUAGAUGAACGUGGAUAACAAGUGUAUAAACGGAUUCCCCGGCUGUAUAGUUUGAAUUGUAUCUUGUUAAUGACAUUGAAUUUAUGGUGCUCAAAUUAUCGUGUAAAUAGUGGUUCUGUACAGAAUUUACGAAUUUGAUGUUGGAUAAUCGGAACGGGAUCGGAAAGCCUUGCUGAAUCACAAGAGUGCAAGUUCAUCUUCAAUAGAGAAGGUCGUGUUUAAUUAUUGCUGUUACUUUAAAAAUCGAAAAAAGAAGAAAAAAAUUGUUUUAUGUUUGAACUCAAAGAGUUUGUUAGAUUUAUAUUCUGUAAUAUUUUUUUUCUAGUUCUCUCCCCUCUGCCUCAAUUAGGUUUUUGUUCUCUCGUUCAUCAGAUUUUUUUCCCCCCCAAGUAGAGAUCUAAUUUUCUCUCCUCAUCUAUUUUCUUUAAAAAUGGUCAAGGUACUCUUUAAUUGUGAGACUGAGUAGAUCGAGUUUCCAGAGUGGUUGCUUUUUCCCCCCCUUUUUUACCCCCAGAUUCUUGCAAAAAGGAAUUCGUUUCUUUCAGUCCUGAUACCUCAGGGUAUAAUUUCAUUUAAUAGGUACUACUAGAGAAAUAAAUGGGUACCUAGCAAACAGAAUGUUUAAAAUUGCUUGUUAGAAGCUCAAAAUCUCCAGUUUAAAACCACGUUCUUUUCAAUCUAUAUUUACAGUACAAAAUUUGAAUUGUAAUUGAAUCUUAUCAUCACUGUAUCAUCGUCUUUCAAGUGUUUCAUCCAUCAGUUUAAUCAUUAUCUUUAUCUGUUUGUCAAGACUCGAACUUAAUUUUCAGUUCAUUGGCUAUAUUAUGAAAAUCUUUAAGUUCUGUUUAAAUCGUACCUCAUCGCUGUAUUUCAAUCAUUAUCGAAUUUAAUUUUUGGUUUAUUAAUUGCAUAUUUUUUUAACAGUAUGUAAUUGAAUUCUAAGUUGGUAUUAUUUUACCUUUCCAUCUUAAUGCAUAUUUUAUGAGGUAUGAAAGUUGGACCAUAUCUUUCCUGCUGGAUUCAAUCUGUGUAGCUUUUGAAAAAAUACUUCAGAUUCUAUAGAAAAAUUCAAACCUCAGGGUAUGCUUAAGAAUGAAGAUUUUAAUGUUCUAAAAGACAGUUUCUGUUUUUCUUCACAAAAAAGUAUGUAACAUCUAUCUAGUGUAAUUUUUCCCCCUUUGAUCGAACAUUCGAGACUACCCUGUGUUCUUGAUGUUUUCUAUCAUGAUCUAGUUUUCAAGUCCACAUUUGAGUUUGACUUAGGAUACUUUCCCUUGAACACUGUUUCAACCAGUAUCUACUCUUGAUGAUAAUUCUUUAAAAAUUAAGACACAUUUUCAAUGAUUUUGGUACAGUUUGAUGAUACCAUUUUUAGUUUUCGUUCAUUUUUAGUUUCUCCCCCCUUCUUAUUUCAUAAUUCUAUCCCGCAAUCAUUUUGUACGUUUUAUUAUUGUAUUUCGUUUUGAUCUCUCAGACAAAACUAACGAAAUGUCCUCUUGUUAUGUUUCUUUUUCAAUUUUCAUCUCUAAUUGAAUUUGUUCUACAUUUCAUUAUAAACGCUAUUACAUAUCCAUCACAGACGUCUUGUCUUCCGAACGAAGGGAAUUUUUCAGCCUCCCUAACUUGUCUACUCAAGCCUAGAGAAUUAAAUAUUGCACAACUCAACUUUCGAAUUGAUGCCAUGUGGAUCCAUGGUUAAAUGUGAAGACAAGACCGUUUCUGUGUAAUGCCUUUUUUCAAUCAUUUUAGGGUCUUCUUCGUCUUUCUUCUUUACUUCUGUUAAUUUAAAUCAGUAAUUUAUUCUCUAAUUAAAUUUGAGUUAAUUUAUUAAUGUUCGUAGAUGGUAGAUUUCUCAGUUAUUCACUCCAGAUCUCAAAUAUUGAUCCAAGCUAAUGCUUUCAGCAAACGUCCAAAGAAUAGGUAGCUCUUUCAAAACCAGCAAAUUGGCACUAAAGUUGAUUCACCGCCGCCGCCUUCUCCAAAAAUAUUUUUUUUUACAGUUCUUAAUUUCACCGACUGAAACACCUCUUUUUUUUCAAAAACCCCGCAUAAAAAUUUUGUCUUUACAAUCACUGGCUCAGCCUAUAGUCUCAGUCUAAAUAAAUAUAUCAACCUUCUUUCUAACAGUCGGUUUGAUGUCCCCAUAAUUUUCUUCAUGCAGCUCAUGUGCCAAAUUUCGGAUCAAAAUUUGAUUAAGAGCAUCUAAUACUUGUAUUUGUUGCGUGUAUGCUGUUAAGUUUCUCUUUAUUGUCACAAAAUCUCAUCUCUCCAAAGAUAAUUUAAUGAGUACAAAAUUAUUUUAAAGUCUGAGAAGACUUGAGCCCACUGAGCUUUCAUACUUAAGUUUAUGUUCAACAAUCUUUGUGGCUUGAUUUAUGAAAACAGAGCAGCCAAUAAAACAUCUUGCAGGCUAUGUCACUCACUCCAAAGCCAACUUUUAGUUUCAAAAGUAUCUUCGGGCUGUUCACAGGAGCAUAACCUCGCUACAAGAUUACGUAACUUCAUUCGAAAAUUGUCAAUGGAAACACCUGGAAUGCUUAAACGCUAUCCUAGAAUAAAGUUUUUGAAAACUGAAAUCGUUUGAAGUAACGAUCCAAGAUCUCAGUAAUUUUGUAUUUGUUUGUUUUUGUAUUUCUUUUUCCAAAAAAAAAAAAAUCAAGUUUGUUUGAUUUCUCAAAUCAGAAGUUGAAUAAUUGAGUUAGUUGAUUAACGUAGAAUCAAUCAUGCGCCUGAUGUGGUGUCGUUUAAAAUGCGGUCAAGAAGAAAAUAAAAUAUAAAUUAAAGAAAGAAGAAACACGUUCUUGUUUUGUAUUGAACAUUUGUUUAAAACUCUGUGAUGUAUUAAUAUUGAUCUCAAUAUUUUGUUUUUAAUUUUUAGAGUUUUAAAAAAACAAAAUUUGUAGGUACAUGUUUUAUUAUCUAGGCCGAUAUUUGAUUGAAUGUGUGUGCUCCACAGCGCACGCGUUAGAUACUUAUGUAUGCAGAUACUUGUAUACAUAGUCAGGCAAAUAAUCGGGAUUUGAAUGUGAACGGUGUAUAUACAGUGUAAAUAAUACUUGUCAGGUGUUUAUUUUCAUUGCCCUGUUCGCAAUAGUUGCUUUUCUGUACUCGUUCUGUCACUUGAAGAUAAAGAGGAUUCAAUAUUUAGCGAGUGCCGAUCAACGCACUUUUUCUUUUUUGACUCUUAUACUUGUUUUUCUCUCUGCCUCCUCGUCUUUCGCGACAGCGUUUAUGCUCUCGUGCAGAAAAUUCAAAGUUAAAGUAAUGAUAAUGACUGGUAUUCUAGAAUUAUUCCGCUUUUGUUGGGAACUUUCCUUUUGGAAUAAUAUAGUCCGUCCAUGUUCAGAUCCCAUUGUUGCUUUUUCAAAUAGUUUAGAUUGUAUUAAUGUUUCAUAGCUUAAUUGGUUCUAUUUCUUCUUCUCUUGUCUUUGUAGCCUGUUAGAAUUGAAUUAUUUUAAGUUAUUAUGUUUUUUCAGAAGUAUAUAAAAUAUGAUUCAAAUUUAAAUACAUUUAUAAAUUAAUCAGA